AUGGGCGCUACCUUCGACACCGAACUGAUGCAUUCUGUAGGCGAGAUACUCGCAGCCGAAGCCAAAGAGAAGGCCUGUCAUGUUAUCCUAGCCCCUACUGUCUGUCUACAAAGGUCUCCGCUCAUCGGUCGUGGCUUUGAAGCUUUCGCUGAGGACCCAUUCCUGAGCGGCACCUUGGCGUCUGCAUACAUCAGCGGCGUGCAGACAAACGGUGUGGGGGUUAGCAUCAAGCACUAUGCCGCCCAUGACCAGUCUACUAUGUCUAUUGAAGACUCAAUCAGAGUUUCGGAGCGAACGCUGCGUGAGAUGCAUCUCCUACCCUUCCAGAUUACCGUCAAAAACGCGAACCCGUGGUGCUUCAUGACGGCGUACCAUAGGAUUAACGGUACUCAUGCGAGCGAGGAUCCAUGGCUCUUGGGGGACAUCCUUCGCAAGGAGUGGGGAUGGGAUGGACUUAUCAUGAGUGACUGGUUCGGGACGUACAGCACCUCUGAGGCUGUGAAUGCCGGGCUUGAUCUUGAGAUGCCCGGGCCAGCAAGGUGGAGGGGCGAAUUGCUCACGUGGGCCGUUUUGUGCCGCAAGGUCAAGGAGGCAACCAUUGAUGAGCGGGUCCGAAGUCUGUUGAAUCUGAUCAACAAGGUUCAGCCAGCACUGAAGCAUCGGCGCGACGAGCGUAUACAAGGUGAUACUGAAGAGAAACGGCGGGUGUGCAGGAAGGUGGCAAACGACUCAAUAGUUCUGUUGAAGAACGAACGGUCUGUGCUGCCCCUCAAUCCGUCUUCCGAGCAGAUCUUUGGUCUAAUUGGACCUGCUGUUCGGUUGCCUGCCGUAAGUGGUGGUGGAUCAGCGGACUUAGUACCGUACUAUGUCAGUACACCGUUGGAUGCUAUUGUUGACAUCGUAGGGGAGGGAAGAGUGAAGACAGCUAUAGGAUGCCAUGGCCAUCUCUUCACACCUCUUCUAUCGUCCAAAGUGACUGUUCCUGGUACAAAUCAGCCUGGUUACAUCCUUGAUUGGUUUGAAGAGAACUUUGAAGAGAACCCAGAUGCAACGCCUGUGUACACUACAACGACGACACAGGCGCAGAUGUACUUCGCCGAUAGUCUUCCAAAGGACGUCCCCAGCGCGUACUGGUUGCGUGUGAAGACGUGCUUGACUGCCACAAAGACGGCAAAAGUCCAACUCGGACUUUGCGUUAUAGGAAAGGGAAGACUGUAUGUCGACGGAAAGCAAGUCAUCGAUCUUUUCACCAGCCAACCCAAGAAGAUGAUGCAUACACCUAUGUUCAACCAAGCAAGCAUGGAACUGACUGCAGACGUUGAAGUUGAGGCCGGAAAAGCUUAUGAAGUCUGCGUAGUGCUUCGAAACGAAGCCGCAAUUCCCGGGGUUGGUGCUCUCAGUGCAGGUGGAUUGAGGAUCGGCUGCUGUGAGAAGAUUGACAAGGAGCAGGCUUUGGAUGAAGCUGUGAGACUGGCAAAGUCCGUCGACAUACCCAUCGUGAUAGCUGGACUAAAUGCAGACUAUGAGAGUGAGGCCGUUGAUCGGAAGUCUCUUGACUUGCCGCCGGGGAUCGAUGAGUUGAUUGAGCGGGUUGUUGCGGCAAACCCCAACACUAUUAUUGUAACUCAGUCCGAAUGUCCCAUAGCUAUGCCCUGGAUCGAGAAAGGUGCAACUCUUGUACACGCCUGGUUUGGCGGCCAGGAGACAGGAAAUGCCAUGGCCGACAUUCUGUUUGGUAAGGUCAACCCCAGCGGCCGUCUAUCAGUGACCUUUCCAAAGCGUAUUGAGGAUACACCGGCUUUCUUGACCUUUGGAAAAGGCCAGAGGGAGAUCAUGUAUGGCGAGGGCGUGUUCAUCGGUUACCGAUACUAUGAGAAGGUCAAGACGCACCCGCUGUUUUACUUCGGUUAUGGCCUGUCGUACACAACUUUCGAAUAUUCCAACCUGCAGGUGCCGAAGAAGGUUCGCUUCGAUAACUGUAGUGCGAUGUCAUUUGAGGUUAUCGUCGACGUGCGCAAUACUGGACUUCGAGAUGGUUCAGAGACUGUUCAGAUAUACGUUCAAGAUAUCGAGACAGUGUUUGACCGUCCUCGGAAAGAGUUGAAGGGAUUUACUAAAGUCUGGGUUGCGAAUGGAGACACAGUCACUGCCAAGGUCACUCUUGACAAGUAUGCGUUGUCAUAUUGGAACGAAGAGUUGGAGCAGUGGCUGGCUGGGAGAGGAACAUUUCGCAUCAUCGUUUCCAAGAGUGCCGACCCAGAAGACGAAGUGCUGAGCGCUGAAAUUGAACUUGAGGAAGACUUUAGGUGGCAAGGUCUUUGA